AUGUUUCAGAAACAACGAUCACCAGUACUAGAACAAGUACCACCAGUAGUACAACCAGCACUACUAGUACUACUACUACCACUACCACCAGUACUAAAACAAGCACCAGCACUACCUCAAGCAGUACGACCACGACCAGUAGUACUACAAGUACCAGUACCAGUACUAGUACCACUAGCAGUACUUCAAGUAGUACUACUACGACCACAAGCAGUACCUCAAGUAGCACAACCACUAGCAGUACUUCAAGUACUACUACCACUACCACGAGUAGUACUUCAAGUAGCACAACCACCAGCAGUACCUCAAGUAGUACUACUACGACCAGUAGCAGUACCACAAGUAGUACUACCACUACUACCAGUACUGACUCAAGUACUAGUACUACAAGUAGCACUACCACUACUACCAGUACUGACUCAAGUACUAGUACUACAAGCAGCACUACCACUACUACAAGUACUGACUCAAGUACUAGUAC